AUGGCCGUAGAUACAGUCCGAACGACCCUCACAGACGAAGAACGCAACCGCCUCAGGAUGGAGGGUGGGUGCUUUUACUGUCGCCAGAAAGGACACAUGGCAAAUCAAUGCCCUGUCAGGGGUUCGUCUAGGGUAUAUGAAGGGUCAACUGGACAUGUUCAACAGGGUAGUAGAACGGUGGGGAACCGCUCGGCUCAGACCAGCAGUAGGAUGGGAGGCGGAGGAAGCGGCUAUGGCCGAGCGUUCUCGGCAGGAACUCCAGGCAGUACUCAGGGAGGCACUACGGCGCAAGGUAGAAGCAUGGCGACGACUAACCCGUUCCGGGCCAGACUCGCAGCUCGCCAAGCCCACGCACCCGGACCAGAUGCGCCUGUACGUGAGGAGGAGCCUGAGAUUAGCCGAGAAGAGAUCCAAAGGGUUAUAGGAAAGAUGAGAUGGGACGAGCAGGAAGCACUCCUUCAGGAGUUAAGCGAGAUAAGCAAGCGAAAAGAAUCGGAUUUUUAA